AUGGGUUCAACUUCUCCUGAACAGUUUUCCCUCUUCGACACCUUAACUGGGUCCAAGUCUGCGAACCAUCAUGCGGCUACCAGCCUUAUUCUCAACUUAUUGAAGGCGGUCGGCUACGAAGCGUGCCAGACGGAUCGCAAUACGCAUUAUCUCUACUCUGUCGUAUCCGACAUUAGAGAUGCCUACGACAGCGUUAACGACUGGAUCGAUCGGGUAGACUCAGGGAACGGCGAUAUCUGGACUUUGUUCAACAACUAUACUAAUGCAAUCGACCCUCUUGAAGAGCGACUAUCACGGCUAUUCCAAUUACUCAAAGAGGAUUACAAUAAGGAGCAGACCUACACUAGUGAUGACGACCUCGGGAGUUGUUUCGACCUUGUUGAAUUAUUCGAAACAAUCAGGGGUGAACUUGGAACUACAGUUGAAAAACUAGGUCAAUAUUUCGCAGAGGGGGAUAAAUCCAGUAAAUCUAGGUCUCUGUUCGGCGAUGACUACCUCUAUAUCCAAAGUCUGCGGAAUAAGCUUGAUAAGAAACAAGUCAUGGGCAAACGUUACCUUCGUAAAUUCAGGCAAGAAAACGACAAGACCAUAAAGCUCCUCGAGAAUUGGUCCACUGGUCCACCUCAAGGUGCGACGGCCGAUAAAAUCGCUAUCAAAGGAAUUCAAGUUUGGAUGAUCGUCUACUCUGUCAUCGACAAAGGAACCGCACCCUCGGCCUCUAGUAAAUUGAAAGCCCUUAUCAACACCGAAGAACUGUGGAAUGAACUAUACAAGACGACUGUGCUUGUGAAUGAAUAUCUGCAAGCACCCUCGAAACCGUUCGAAAAGCUCGAGAACAACUACAAGGCCUUGAUCGAAUAUCUCAAGACCUCCGCGGUAAUUGUCCUCGCUCGAGGACAAAAAUCUGAAUCUGAAUUGAUUUCCCUCCCUCCCCAGCCUUCCUUGUCAAGAUUGCCGGAUACCUAUCUCAAAGUAAUUAAACUUGUGGCCAAAACUGGACGUCCUUACUUCGCGCAAGCCGUUAUCUUGGCAAAAGAAUGCCAGAAACUUUCAAGCACCUACUCUGCGAAGCCAUUGGACCAGCGCCACGAAAUUGAAGAGGUCUUUACAAAGGUCGAGGUUGCACUGAAGUCAGCCGAAGACCAUAGGUCCCAUAACGCGUCAGCCAAACUCGAAGUGUCUGAUGAUGUCGACAAAAAGUUCAAGGAGGCACAUGAGCAGGCGAAGGACUGUUUCCAGUCCUUGGAGUUGACUAAUGACUGGGAUGAGCUGGACCGGGGGAUGAAAACCGCCAAGGCCAAUGAUACUCAGCGCAAGCAAGACUUCGAAAGCUACGUCAAAGCUCACGCGUCCCAGCAGAGUCUGCCUCACCAGUCCUUUAUUACGGUGACUAUCGAGACUCGGGCCUCAAAGGGGAGUACAGAAGGAGUUCUCCAUUCAUAUAAGGUCGAAAAGACCACGAGGCUCAGCACUCUUCUGUGGGAUCGCAUCCGUUCUGAGGCGAGACCAGCCGGGCUGAACGUCAAGGCUUAUUUCACCAAGAAAGACUCACCCAACAGGGAACGUCUUGACUCUGAUAUGAAGAUUGAGGAAGUUGAUCCCAAUACCCCACAACUAACUUUGGUUCUGGUUAUUCCUACCUGA